CAGCACCAAAGCCGCGAAAGAGAUAUGGCAGCAUUGAUUUAGAAACACGCGCAAGCUAAAUAUUAAACAAAUGAGAAAUAGCUAAUAAAUACUAUUUAAAACGCUUUACAAAAUCGCCCUCUAAUAAAGACUGAACAGCCGAACGAAUUAACUCUGAUAGAAUACUUUCACAUUGGUUAUAAACUCAGACACAAGCUAUAAUGGCUGGCGUACUCUUUGAGGAUAUAUUCAACGUUAAGGAUAUGGACCCGGAGGGCAAGAAGUUCGACCGAGUCUCCCGCCUUCACUGCGAGUCCGAGUCCUUCAAAAUGGACCUGAUCCUGGACAUCAACUCGUGGCUGUACCCCAUGGAGCUGGGCGACAAGUUCCGCCUGGUCCUGGCUACCACUCUGCGGGAGGAUGGCUGCCCAGACAGUGGGGAGUAUAAUCCGCUUGAGCACGAAGGAACGCGGGCGGACAGCUUCGAGUACGUGAUGUAUGGAAAGAUCUACCGGAUCGAAGGUGACGAAGCGCACAAUGAGGCUUCCCGUCUGUCCGCCUACGUGUCCUUCGGAGGGCUGCUGAUGCGACUUCAAGGAGAUGCCAACAAUCUGCACGGAUUCGAGGUGGAUCAACACAUGUACCUGUUGAUGAAGCGACUGGCGUUUUAAAUUUUCUACCCAUAACUGUUUCCAAAUUAGACAUAAACAACAACCUUUA